AUGGCCCUGCCAAAACCUGUUGAAGAAUCCCCCCUGACCUCACUGGCGAUAGGCAACUGUGUGGGUAUGGGUAACCCGUACGGGUCACAGGCUAAAGCAGCACUUGAAGAGAGACUUGAAGCUUCCGGACCGUCAAAGAAGUGCAUGAUUGAUGCAAAUGGCACAAGUGCGGUCUCCAACAAGUCGAAGAAGGCAAAACAAAAUCCUCCCGCAGAUAUAUCCAAAGAUAGACCGGUAGCUGAGGCCUCUCCACCUCCAUCUGAUGUGAGAACGGCAGCAGAGCCUCGUAAGAUUCGCUGUGUCAUUGUUCGCACCGAGGAAGAGGAAGAAGCAUUGUAUAACAAUGCCAUUGUCAUUGAUGACAUGAGCGAGAAAAGUGGAGACGAGGCUGGUAGCAAGGCUUCAGGUCCAGAAAGUGCUGAGGACGAGCGAACAAGGCUCAUGAAAGAAUGGGUAUCACCUGUUUAUGCAUUCUUUGACCCAACUCCCCGCAUCACUGUGCAACCCGUACCCUUGCUGCAGGUGUGGGUUUUUCUCGGGGUGGGGGUGGGGGUUGACCUGCCGACACCCAUGGGUUCACCCAUGCAGAUCCCUAACUGGCGAGUUCUCGGAGGGCUCCGCGAUGUGGUCCAUGCGAGUAGCCCUGUUAAAGACCCUAAGGUCGAACAGGAGAGUACCUUAGCAUUGAAUACAGCUACAAACAUUAAUGUAUGGGAUCAAGGGGAUACGGUCCUCGAAAAGAUGGCUGAAAAUAUUACUUUCCACACUGCAAAUGAAAACAGUGGGAUCACUAGUGAGAGUGAUGAUGGUGACGACCGUCCUUGGAUCACAGUGGGCCGAAAGUGCCUCUGUGGUGGUAAUAUUUAUGAGCAGCAGGCCAAGACACCUGAAGGGCUCACCAGUGAACAGAUUGAAAUGGUAAAUAAAGCCAAUAGCAAGCUCACUGAGAAAGAACACCUCUCAAUAGAGAGGCAAGAAAUGAAUGUCAGCAGGCGAGAGCUUUCCCACCCCAUGGUGGGAUCAGACCCGAGAGGUGAAGGAACCUCGAAGGGGAAGGGCGUGGAUCCUGCCAAUUGGGGGGCACUGACAGAUGACGAGGACAUAAACCUUGAAGAGCAACGGGCAGCUCUAGAAUCCUACCAUAAGGCUAAGGAAGUUGCUGAGAGAUUGGAUCACUAUGCAUCCUCAGAAGAAAACAAAGAGAGCUGGCUGGGAGAUGGGGUUCAAAACUCCUCAAUGUUGCAGGACAUCUUCGAGCUAGCUGCCAGAGAGUGGCGGGCUGUGGAGGCGGCCGUUCAGAGAGCCGAAACCCGUCUCCACAAAGAAUACAAAGAAAAGUCGAAAGAAGUGCUUGCGCGCCCCCAGUCGUCUACUAAGUGGACCAGGAUCCAGGACCCGCCAGAGAUGGUGGAUGACCCUGUGAACAGACUGGUUAGUAAGGUUGUAAACCCGGAGACUAGCAAAAAAGAAUGGCAUCACACACCUAAGGCAAUGGAACCCGGUCGCACUAAAACCUCCAAAAAGUGUUCGAAGGGUAAACAAACCACCCUGAAACCAAUAGCACCUACCACAUAUGAUGGAGUGGUAGAUUCACAGGCCUUCCAUCAGUUCAUAACCGAAGGAAUGGCCUAUGUUAAAGACGGACGGGUUAAGCCCAAAAAGAGGGUGUUCGUGUUAUUACACUUCCUGAAAGGAAAGGCCCAUGAGUUCUAUAUACAAGAGGUAUCAGGAGACCCCUACCGGUGGAGACUCAAGGAGUUUUUCACCAAAAUGUUCAACUACUGCUUCCCUAUCAACUUUUGA